AGCACGCAGCACUGAAGGACUGACUCUACAUGACGAUCCAGGUUCAAGGCUCGCACUCACUCUCUCUCAGCCUCAGCUGAUUCUGGAUCAGUGUUCAGUCAGUGUUCUCAUCAUGGCCAUGGACCGGCGGAGGAGAGGCUCGCUCGCGCUCACCCUGAACUUCCUCGCGCUGAUGCUCGCGAUAUGCGCGCUCACCACCAGCUACUGGUGCGAGGGAACCCGGAAAGUUGUCAAGCCCUUCUGUACCGGACCGGUGACCGGCAAACACACACACUGCAUCCGAUACAACAGCUCGAACCUCACCGACAGCCGGAGGGUCCAGUACAUCUGGGAGACCGGAGAGGACAAGUUUGUUCUGAGGAAGUUCCACACGGGAAUCUGGUUCUCCUGCGAGCAGAACGUCGACCUGGUCGGUGAGAAAUGCCGAAGCUUCAUAAACGUCGCUCCUCCCCAUGAGAGAGGUGUGUUGUGGCUCUGCAUCGCGGCCGAGUGUCUCUAUAUUUUACUUCUGGCCACUGGAGGAAUCCUCAUGUCUAUAGAGGUCUGCCAUUUCGGGAACGUCAUCGAUGGACUGAAGCUGAAUGCCUUUGCCGCCAUAUUCACAGUCUUAUCAGGUCUUCUGGGUAUGGUGGCUCACAUGAUGUUCACCACAGCGUUCCAGCUGACCGUGAGUCUCGGCCCUGAGGACUGGAAACCACAGAACUGGGACUACAGCUGGUCUUACAUUCUGGCGUGGAGCUCGUUCACCGCCUGCAUGGCCUCCUCCGUCACCACCAUCAACAGAUACACUAAAACUAUACUGGAGUUCAAACACAAGCGGAAGAACAUGGAGAAGAACCUGAAGAUCAAGCAGAAGCUUCUGGACCUGGACUCUCCAGAACAGGUGUGGGACAUGUACAUCAGCUCCGUUCCCAGCAGCUCCGGCGAGGAGUUUCUGGACCUCUCUGGCUCUGGACGCAAGCUCUCCGACAACUCCCUGUUCCUGGAUCUGAACCAGCUGCCGGCUCCACAGGGAGAGGAGUUCUGCUGAGGACUGGGACCCGGUCCAAGACACAACUCCACAGGCAGAGGAGUUCUGCUGAGGACUGAGACCCGGUCCAAGACACGACUCCACAGGGAGAGGAGUUCUGCUGAGGACUGAGACCCGGUCUGAGACACAACUCCACAGGGAGAGGAGUUCUGCUGAGGACUGAGACCCGGUCCAAGACACGACUCCACAGGGAGAGGAGUUCUGCUGAGGACUGAGACCCGGUCCAAGACACGACUCCACAGGGAGAGGAGUUCUGCUGAGGACUGAGACCCGGUCCAAGACACGACUCCACAGGGAGAGGAGUUCUGCUGAGGACUGAGACCCGGUCCGAUACAC